AUGGAACGGCAGACUUGGGUUUACCGCGACACUUGGGGCACCAGGGCUGGCUUCCUUCGAUCCAGUGCGAGAAUGGAGCUGAGGCGCUGGCCGGAUGGCCGCUCCCGGGGCUUCGGGUACGUGACCUUCUCAGAGGCCCAGGGUGCUCAAGGGGCGCUGAACGACUCCCACCAGAUUGGGGGCAGACAAGUCGACGUGAAGAGAGCAGUGCCAGGAACCAACAAGCUGUUCGUGGGGGGACUGCCGCAGAACACCACCGCCGCGGAGUUGCGGGAGCACUUUGAGGCCUUCGGCACCGUGUCCGAUGCCGUAGUGAUGAUCGACCCGGCCACCAACCGCUCCCGGGGCUUCGGCUUUGUUUGCUUCCUGCCGGGCCAGGAGGGUGCUGCCUCCGCCGCCUUUGCGCUGGAGCAGUACGAGCAUCACCGUAUCCGCGGCAAGUGGAUCGAGGUGAAGAGCGCCGCACCGCCUCACAAGUUGGCCAAGGAUGCUGCCUCAUCUCCAUCCGCUUCCGAAGGUCCUUAUCCCAUGUCUUCCCCGGCAGCUUCGCCCACCGCCAGCCCUCUGGCUGGAAGCCCCCAGGUCAUGUCGCUGGCGCAAGCGUUGAAGGUGCCAAUGAGCGCGGGUCCGCAGGCACAAGACCGACCAGUGGCCUCGCCUCAGCACCGGCGCAUGCGCUUGCAAGCGGCCUCAAAGCUCCUGGAGCCCCAGAAGGUGUCGCUGCCGGGGGCGGUGGGGAGCCCCCCCGGGCUGGGGCCCACUGCUGCGGCGGCGCUGGCGGCCAUGCGAGCUUUGGCCCCGCCUGGCUUGGUGGAGGAGGCCUCACCGGACCUGGCGAGAACAGGGGGAACUGCCCAGAGUUAA